AAAAACCCUAGUCUUAAACCCCUGCCUUCUCUUCUCCCUGUGAUUUUGAAUUAACACUUCAUUUUGUUUCCUUCAUCACUGAUAGUUGAAACAUGAAGAGCAAGAACGAGAAGAAGCGGGGCUCAUCGGCCCCAAAAGGUGGCCCCAAGGGGAAGAAAUUUUCGAUGAAAAACGAUCCAUUCUUCGAGACGGAGAGCAAGAAGCGGCGAAAAAUGGCCUACGGGGAUGAUGACAUUGAGUCAGGGGGUUCUGAAGAGGAGGAAGAGAUUCUGGGGGGUUCCGACGCCGGUGGCGGAGAGCAGGAUGAGGAUGAGAUUGAGGAGACCCCUGGUGAGAUUCGGAAAAGGGUGGCGACUGAGCUUUUGGACAAGAUGCGCGCAAUAGCAAGGAGGGAGAAAGAAGACAAGGAUGGGGACGGGGAAAUGGACGGGGAAGAGGCUAGGGAUUCGCUUGUGGCCAAGAUUUUACAGCAGGAGCAGCUUGAGGAGAGUGGUAGGAUUAGGAGAGCCAUUGCUUCCAGGAUUAAAAAACCAGAAACUGCUGAUGGCUUUAAAGUCUUGGUCAAGCAUCGACAAUCUGUUACCUCUGUAGCUCUCUCUGACGACGACUUGAAGGGCUUCUCAGCGUCCAAAGACGGUACUAUUUUACAGUGGGAUGUAGAGAGUGGGAAAACUGAAAGUUACCAAUGGCCCAGUGAAGAUAUUCUUAAAAGUCACGGGGCCAAGGAUCCACGAGGUAGAUCUAAAAAGCAUAGUAAAAGUGUUUUAGCAUUGGCUGUUAGUUCGGAUGGUCGAUAUGUGGCAAGUGGAGGCCUAGACCGCCACGUUCAUCUAUGGGAUGUUCGGACAAGAGAACAUUUACAGGCAUUCUCAGGUCAUCAGAAACCUGUAUCAUGUUUAAGCUUUAGGCAAGGUACCACAGAUCUUUUUUCUGGAUCGUUUGAUCGAACGAUCAAGUAUUGGAACAUGGAGGACCAUGCUUACAUUGACACAAUAUGUGGUCAUGAAAGUGAAGUGUUGACCCUUGAUUGCCUAAGAAAAGAACGUGUAUUGACCGUUGGACGUGAUCGAUGUAUGAUGUUGUUUAAGGUUCUUGAUCAGUCUCGAUUGGUUUUUCGUCCUCCACCAACAUCUUUGGAGUGCUGCUGCUUUAUUAACAAUGAUGAAUUCUUAUCUGGUUCUGAUGAUGGGAGCAUUCAACUUUGGAAUGUAUUAAGAAAGAAGCCUGUAUACGUUGUUAAGAAUGCUCAUGCUAUGCUGCCUGCUGGCCAAAGUGUUGAACAAAUUGGCAGUGAAAAUAUCCCUGAUAAUGGUUUAGAAAAUGGUGAUCACAAAAUUGAGGGCUAUAAUUGUUCGUCAACAUACUCCUGGGUCAGUUCAAUCAGUGUUUGUAGAGGAACUGACCUUGUUGCAUCAGGAGCUGGUAACGGUUGCGUUCGAUUAUGGACUGUUGAGACUGGGAAAAAAGACAUCCGGCCUUUAUAUGACAUUCCAUUGGUGGGGUUUGUUAAUUCCCUGGCAUUUGCAAAAUCUGGACAGUUCCUGGUUGCUGGAGUAGGGCAGGAACCCCGACUAGGAAGAUGGGGAAGCCUUCCGGCUGCACGGAAUGGAGUUGCGAUUCAGCCUUUGGAGCUGUUGUAAGGCAGGGCAUGGUUUUGGUUGCACCACCAACCUCUUCAGUUUUGACUACUAUCAGCAGAACCAAUCAGCAGUGUACCUCUACGCUCGAGUUUUUGUUUUAUUAUUAUUAUAUCUUUGUAUCAAAUUUGAUGUCUGCUUGCAACAAUUCACACCCAUUUUCGACCUUUUCAUUUCUUAUUUAAACCGCAAAGGAUAAGAGAGAGUCAUUUAUCGAUUUUUCCAUCCAAAUUUCAUCAUCUUCG